AUCUUUUUAUAUAUAAAAAAAUGAAAAUCAUCUGGGAUUGCCAUCUUUCAAGAAAAAGAAAAGAAAAAUAAACUUUAUUGGCUAUCACUGUUGACGGAUUAGGUUGCUCGACGACGUAUAAGCCUACAGAAAAAGGCUACGGAGCCUACAGCCUAGGGAGAAGAUUGCGAAGAUCGACAGAGAUGGACAGCUAUUUCUGUCGGUAAAAAAUGCCUCAACACAUUUCAUACGUAUUUUCUCCGUUGUUUUUUUAUUCGUACCAACCCAGCAGGCCUUGCUUCCAUUGCAGACAAAGAAAUACUACUGGACCUGCCUGCCAGCCUGCAGAUACCAUAGAAAAACCGCAGCCAGUCGAUCCCGUAGCGGGGCCCACUCGCCGAUCAACCAGCAAGAUGGCCACCGAGACAACGUGCGCUCCUCCCGUAACGGGACCCACUCGCCGAUCAACCAGCAGGAUGGCCACCGCGCCACCGGACGACCCUCCUCAUCCUCCUCCGGCGGAGGCGGGCGCCGCCACGCCAAGCCGUUCGAGACCGUCGGGGUUCGAGCAGCUAGACGGGCGAGUCAAGGAGCUGACCUCGUCGCAGGCGGAGUUGCUGGAGAGGAUCCAGAAGCUGAAACAUGAGGUGCAGAACUGGCGCUCCAAUGUAGAGACGCAGGUCAAGACAUACCAGAAUGAACUCCAGGAUCUCAAGAAAGGACUUGACUCUGAAGUGGAACAGCUGAAAUCGGAAAUGAAGGCGGUUAGGUCUGCGGUACAGGAAGAGAAAGGCAAUCUACCUGCACAAAAUACCGACUUUAGAGACGAACAAUAAAAAUGCAGGACAAGCUUGGCAGACACCAGGCCAAGCACAGUAUUGAAGAGCAAACAGCAACACAGCCGUGAAUUGGUGCUUCCUUGCAGAGGUGAAGGGCUGUUCUGCUGGAUAUUCAGAUCCUUUCAAUGGAUCAAAAGGGGGGAAAGCUGGCAGAUACACGGAAUCACAUGAAGUAUUCAUUUUUUUAAUAUAUACCAGCAAGUUUCCAAGUGCAAAUAUCUCUAUAACAGUGAGCAAUUUCAAGAGUAAUGUACAAGAACUGCUUGUUUUGUAACAAUUCCAUGACUACUAAUACUACUAUUACAAACUUAAUCUUGAAAUAAAA